AGAAAGAAAAAGCGCAAGCUCGCGAGGAGACGCUGCCCGGCUGCUGGCCAUGCCGGACGGGGAGCUCCAGGUCCCUCGGGUGGGGAAGCGGCUUCCCCCUCGGGCGAGGCAGCGCUGAGCGGCGAGGAACAGGGCGCCCGCUCGCCCUUGCCCGGGGGAGAAACUUCGUGGGAAGAAAGUUGUUGGAGAGCCAGCAGGGCGCCUUCUUCCCCCGGCUGAGGCGCCACGGAGGAGAAACUUGGGAAACAACUGGGCGCGCAGGAGGAGUUUGAGCCGGACUUGAGGCAGGUUUUUGGAACUUGCCUCCAUGGAGAGCCAUUUGACCAUGUUGCUGCUGCUCCUGUUGCUGCUUGUGCAGCAUUUUGGAAACACUGAAGGAAACCCAAGACUGCAUCACACAUCGCCAAUGCAGUUUACCCAAACUCAUUACAAUGCCACAGUAUACGAAAACUCUGCAGCCAAGACUUACGUUGGACAUCCGGUGAAAAUGGGCAUUUAUAUCACGGACUUGCUGUGGGAUAUAAAAUACAAAAUAAUUUCUGGGGAUAACGAGAACCUGUUCAAAGCGGAAGAGUAUAUAUUGGGAGACUUUUGCUUUUUACGAAUACGGACCAAGGGAGGGAACACAGCUAUACUUAACAGGGAAGUCAAAGACCAUUACGUGUUAACUGUCAAAGCAAUAGAGAAGAACACAAAUAUGGAAGCUCGUACAAGAGUCCGAGUGCAAGUGUUGGAUACAAAUGACUUACGGCCUUUGUUUUCUCCAACUUCUUACAGUGUUUCAUUGCUUGAGAAUACAGCAAUAAGGACGAGCAUUGCCAGGGUUAGCGCAACAGAUGCAGAUAUUGGAACCAAUGGAGAGUUUUAUUACAGUUUUAAAGAGAGGACAGAUAUGUUUGCUAUACAUCCAACCAGCGGCAUAAUAGUCCUGACUGGCAGACUUGACUAUUCAGAGACAAACGUUUAUGAAAUGGAAAUCCUUGCUGUGGAUCGUGGGAUGAAAUUGUAUGGCAGUAGUGGCAUCAGCAGCAUGGCAAGGUUGACUGUUCAUAUAGAGCAGGCUAAUGAGUACGCUCCGGUUAUCACGGCCCUUACGUUGGCACCUUCAGAGCUGGACAAGGAUCCAUCAUAUGCAAUCAUAACAGUUGAGGACAGGGAUCACGGUUCAAAUGGAGAGGUAGCAUCUCUGAGCAUUGUGGCAGGUGACCCGCUUCAGCAGUUUAAAACUGUGAGGACUUUUCCAGGAGGAAAAGAAUAUAAAAUAAAAGCUGUUGGCAGUAUCGAUUGGGAGAGCCAACCGUUUGGCUAUAAUCUAACUCUGCAAGCUAAAGAUAAAGGAAAUCCUCCAAAAUUUUCUUCUGUCAAAGUAAUUCAUGUGGCAUCCCCCAAAUUUAGAUCGGGACCAGUCCAGUUUGAAAGAGCUGUUUACAGGGCAGAAAUAAGUGAAUUUGCCCCGCCAAACACUCCUGUGGUUGUGGUAAAAACUUUGCCUAAUUAUCCCCAUUUGAAAUACGUGUUUAGAAACACACCAAGCAAAAUCAGAUUCCACUUGAAUCCUUAUACUGGCCUUGUUAGUACUUUAGAUCCCAUAAAUGCACAGCAUGCAUCCCAUAUUGAAUUUGACGUUAUGACAAGUGACAGAAAAGCCUCUGCAAAAGUAUUGAUUAAAGUUAUAGAUAUGAAUACUCAUUCCCCUGAAUUUACCCAGACUUCUUAUAAAGCUUCAUUUGAUGAGAAUGUUCCUAUAGGUACAAGUGUCAUGAGUGUGAGUGCGAAAGAUCUUGAUGAAGGUGAGAAUGGCUAUGUGACAUAUAGUAUUGCAAAUAUAAGCCCUGUUCCUUUUGUGAUAAACCACUUUACUGGUGUUAUCAGUACCUCUGAAAACUUGGAUUAUGAAUUAAUGCCAAGAAUCUAUAAAUUGAGAAUUCGAGCUUCUGAUUGGGGCACACCGUAUCGCCGAGAAGUUGAAGUCCCUGUUACUAUAGCUUUAAAUAAUUUGAAUGAUAACACUCCACUGUUUGAGAAAAUAAAUUGUGAGGGAACAAUCCCCAGGGAACUUGUUGUUGGAGAACAAAUAACAACUGUGUCUGCUAUUGAUGCUGAUGAGCUGCAGCUGGUACAAUACCAAAUUGAAUCUGGAAAUGAAUUAGAUUUAUUUAGUUUAAAUCCAAACUCUGGGGUGCUUUCCUUGAAACAGUCAUUAGGAGAUGGCUUGGGUGCAAAAGCAACUUUUCAUAGCUUGAGAAUAACAGCCACAGAUGGAGAAAAUUUGUCAGCUCCAUUAUAUAUUAACAUUACUGUCAUUGCAAGCCGCAAACCAGUAUACUUGCAAUGUGAAGAGACUGGCGUAGCCAAAAUGCUGGCAGAGAAACUUCUGCAGGCAAAUAAGCUGCAUGGUCGUGGUGAAGCCGAUGAUGUGUUUUUUGACACUUACUCUGUGAAUCUGCAUGCACCCCAGCUUGGAAAUAGCCUUCCCAGAAGCAUUGAGGUAAAAGAAGAUCAACUCAUCGGUUCCAGCAUCAUACAUUUGAAUGCUAGUGAUCUAGAUACUGGUUUCAAUGGAAAGCUUGUCUAUGCUAUCUCUGGAGGUAAUAACGACAGCAGCUUUAUCAUUGGUAUGGAGACAGGAAUUCUAAAAAUCCUUUCUGCCCUUGACCGAGAAGUAAAAGAUAAAUAUACAUUGAAUAUUACUGUUUAUGAUCUUGGGAUACCGCAAAAGUCUGACUGGCAUCUUUUAGAUAUCAGGGUUCUAGAUGCCAAUGACAAUCGUCCAGAAUUCUUACAGGAUAGCUAUUUUGUGGACGUGACUGAAAACACGAACCUAAAUACGGAAAUCAUUCAAAUAGAAGCCAUUGAUAAAGACUUGGGGACUAAUGGGGAAGUGAGAUACUCUUUUCUUACAGAUACUGACACGUUUGCCAUUGAUAGCGUGACGGGUAUUGUGAAAGUAGUGGGGCCUCUGGAUCGUGAAGAGCAACCUGUGUAUUUUCUGAAAAUAGAGGCCAUGGACCAAGCUAAAGAAGAAGCACAGUUAUCUUCCACCGUUCUGCUGAAGGUGUCUUUAGAAGAUGUCAACGAUAAUCCUCCGAAAUUCAUCCCAUCCAAUUACCGUGUGAAAAUUCGAGAAGACCUUCCGGAAGGAACAAUCAUCACAUGGCUAGAAGCCCACGAUCCUGACUUGGGCCAGUCAAGCCAAGUGCGGUACAGCCUUUUAGAUGGUGGGGAUGGAAGUUUUGACAUAGAUAAACUUAGUGGAGCAAUUCGUAUUGUACAGAGGCUGGAUUUUGAGAGAAAACAAGUUUAUAAUCUGACGGUACGGGCCAAAGACAAAGGCAAACCAGUGUCAUUGUCGUCUACCUGUUACAUUGAGAUUGAAGUAGUUGAUGUCAACGAAAACCUCCACCCUCCACGCUUUCCCAGCUUUGUGGAUAAAGGUUUUGUAAGUGAAGAUGUUCCCAUUGGUACUUCAGUGAUGACUCUUUCAGCUUAUGAUGAGGAUACAGGAAGAGAUGGUGAGAUCAGAUACUCGAUAAGGGAUGGAUCUGGUGUUGGAAUUUUCAAAAUAGAUGAAGAAACAGGUACAAUAGCCACUGUUGAUUUGCUUGACCGGGAGACUACUUCCCAUUACUGGCUUACUGUUUAUGCAACAGACAGGGGCGUUGUGCCUCUGUCUUCCUUCGUUGAAAUCUAUAUAGAAGUUGGGGACGUCAACGACAAUGCUCCGCAGACGACUCAGGCUGUUUAUUACCCAGAAGUCAUGGAAAAUUCACCUAAGGAUAUGUCGGUCAUUCAGAUUGAGGCAUUUGAUGCAGACUCAGGGUCCAAUGACAAGCUGACCUACAAGAUUACCAGUGGAAAUCCACAGGGAUUCUUCUUCAUUAAUCCAAAAACUGGUCUAAUUACAACAACAUCAAGGAAACUUGAUCGGGAGCAGCAAGCAGAACACAUAUUAGAGGUAACAGUUGCAGACAGUGGUAUACCAGCAAAGUCGACUCUUGCCCGCGUCAUUGUGAAGAUCUUAGAUGAAAAUGAUAGCAGACCUCAGUUCUUGCAAAAGUUCUAUCAGAUCAAAUUGCCUGAGCGUGAGAAACCAGAGAGAGAGAGGACUGCCAGGAGGGAGCCUAUCUAUCGCGUAGUAGCUGCAGAUAAAGAUGAAGGUCCCAAUGCGGAAAUAUCUUACAGCAUUGAAGAUGGUGAUGAGCAAGGCAAAUUUUUUAUCGACCCAAUAACUGGAGUGGUCUCCUCUAAGAAGUAUUCUGGAGCUGGGGAAUAUGACAUUCUCACAAUUAAAGCAGUGGAUAAUGGUCGCCCCCAAAAGUCUUCAACAGCUCGGCUUCAUAUAGAAUGGAUCACAAAACCCAGUCCAGCCCCUGAACCAAUUUCUUUUGAGGAAUCCUUUUUUUCUUUUACUGUCAUGGAAAGUGAUCCAGUCGCUCACAUGAUUGGAGUAAUAGCUGUGGAGCCUCUUGGCACUCCGCUCUGGUUUGAUAUUACAGGUGGCAACUAUGACAGCCGCUUUGAUGUGGACAAGGGCACUGGAACCAUCGUUGUCGCUAAACCUCUUGAUGCAGAACAGAAAUCAAAUUACAAUCUGACAGUAGAAGCAACAGAUGGAACUAGGACUAUUGGCACUCAGGUGUACAUUCAGGUAAUAGACACGAAUGACCACAGGCCUGAGUUUUCUACAUUAGAAUACCAAGUCAUUAUUCCAGAGGACACAGUUCCAGAGACGGAAAUUUUGCAAGUCAGUGCUUCAGACAGGGAUGAAAAGAAUAAGCUAAUUUAUACUAUGCAAAAUAGCGUUGACCCCAUCAGCCUUAAGAAAUUUCGCCUGGAUCCUGCAACUGGCUCUCUCUACACUUCUGAAAGAUUGGAUCAUGAGGUCAUUCAUCAACACAUUCUCACAGUGAUGGUGCGGGAUCAAGACGUUCCUGUCAAGCGCAACUUUGCUAGAAUUAUCAUCAACGUUAGUGACACAAACGAUCAUGCGCCAUGGUUCACCAGUUCUUCCUAUGAAGGGAGAGUAUAUGAGUCAGCAGCUGUUGGAUCUGUAAUUCUCCAUGUAUCAGCACUGGACAAGGAUAAAGGGGAAAAUGCAGAAAUUGUGUACUCCAUAGAAUCAGGAAAUACCAGAAACGCUUUUAAUAUACAUCCAAUCUUAGGCAGUAUUACCACUGCAAAAGAAUUGGACCGCAGCAGUCAGGAUGAAUACACUUUGAUGGUGAAGGCUACGGACAAAGGAAACCCUCCGAAGAGUGAAGUAACAUCUGUGCACAUUUCAGUCACGAUCUCUGAUAACGCAUCGCCAAAAUUCACAAUGCGAGAAUAUUCCACGGAAAUAAGUGAAGGCAGCAGUAUUGGCAGUUUCAUUGGAAUGGUCACGGCAUUCAGCCAGUCAUCUGUAGUUUAUGAGAUAAAAGAUGGUAAUAUAGGUGAUGUCUUCACUAUCAACCCAAAUUCCGGUGUCAUCACCUCCCAGAAGACACUCGAUUUUGAAAUGUUGCCUUUUUAUAGUCUGACUGUACAGGCAACCAACAUGGCUGGCCAGUCCACGAACACUACUGUAUUGGUGCAUCUUCAAGAUGAGAACGAUAAUGCACCAGCUUUUACACAAGCAGAAUACACAGGACUCAUCAGCGAAUCGGCUUCUGUUAACAGCGUGGUUCUGACAGACAGGAAUGUUCCAUUAGUAAUACGUGCUACGGAUGCUGACAAAGAAACAAACGCUUUGCUCGUCUAUCAGAUUGUCGAGCCAUCUGCCCACAAGUACUUUGCCAUUGAUUCUAGUACAGGAGCCAUUCGUACAGUAAUGAGUUUGGACUAUGAAGAGACGAGUAUAUUUCGCUUUUCGGUGAAUGUGUAUGACAUGGGGACGCCGCGCUUAUUUGCAGAAUAUGCAGCCAAUGUUACCAUUUACGUAAUCGACAUCAACGAUUGCCCUCCUGUGUUCUCUAAAGAUCUGUACGAAGCAACUGUUUUGGUACCAACCUAUAAAGGAGUGAAAGUUGUUUCGGUCAAUGCCACAGAUGCUGAUUCAGAAGUCUUUUCACAACUAAUGUAUUCUAUCACUGAAGGAAACAUUGGAGAAAAAUUUUCGAUCGAUUCCAAGACUGGGCAGAUAACCGUACAAAACACGAGUCAGUUAAGAAGCAGAUAUGAAUUGACCGUCAGAGCGUCUGAUGGCCGGUUUUCAAGCACCACCUCUGUAAAAAUUAAUGUGAAAGAGAGUAAGGCAAGUCAGCUAAAGUUCACGCAGAGUUCCUACAGUGCUGUGGUCCAAGAGAAUUCCACGGAGGCGAAAACAAUAGCUGUUAUCACUGCUAUAGGGAGUCAAAUAAAUGAGCCUUUGUUUUAUCAUAUUCUAAACCCAGACAUUAGGUUUAAAAUUAGCUACACUUCAGGAGUCCUUUCAACUACCGGAAUACCGUUUGAUCGUGAGCUGCAGGAAUCUUUUGAUAUUGUGGUGGAAGUGACUGCAGAGCAUAAGCCAUCCCUAAUUGCACAUGUUGUGGUAAAGGUCACUGUAGAAGACAUGAAUGAUAAUGCCCCUGUUUUUGUCAACCUUCCUUAUUAUGCCACAGUUAAAAUAGAUACUGAAGUGGGCCAUGUUAUUCGGUCGGUCACUGCUGUGGAUAAAGACAUUGGCAGAAAUGGACAAGUGCACUAUUACCUCAAGGAACGCUAUGGCCACUUCCAGAUAGGAGAUGCUGGUGAAAUCUCUCUCAAGAAACAGUUUGACCCAGACACACUAAAUAAAGAAUAUCUCCUCACUGUGGUCGCAAAGGAUGGUGGAGAGCCGAGUUUUUCUGCUGAAGUGACAGUCCCUAUCACGGUUGUGAAUAAAGCCAUGCCAGUAUUUGAAAGAGCUUUCUACAGUGCAGAGAUACCAGAAAACAUCCAAAUCCAUAGUCCUGUUGUUCAUGUGCAAGCAAACAGCCCAGAAGGGCUCAAAGUGUUUUAUAGCAUUACAGAUGGAGACCCUUUCAGUCAGUUUACUAUAAACUUUAACACAGGAGUAAUCAAUACUUUUGCCCCUCUAGAUUUUGAGUCCCACCCUGCCUACAAACUGAGCGUACGUGCGACUGAUUCCUUGACUGGAGCCCAUGCCGAGGUGUUUGUUGACAUAAUAGUCGAAGACAUCAACGAUAAUCCUCCCAUCUUUACAGAGCAAUUUUACGUCGCCACCCUUUCUGAGGCUUCAGUAAUUGGAACAUCUGUUGUACAAGUCAGGGCUACAGAUGCCGAUUCUGGAGCAAACAGAGGGAUUUCUUAUCACUUGGUACAAAACAACAGUGAGGGCCAUGAUUAUUUUCACAUAGAUAGUAGCACUGGGCUCAUUCUGACAGCAAGGGGUUUGGAUUAUGAACAGAUUCAGCAUCACACAUUGCUAGUAAGAACAAUAGACAGCGGAAUGCCUCCACUGAGCACGGACAUUAUUGUAAGCGUUGAUGUAACAGACCUGAAUGAUAACCCACCAGUCUUUAACCAGCUGCUUUAUGAAGCUAACAUCAGUGAAUUGGCUCCCCGUGGGCACUUUGUAACUUGUGUAAAGGCCUCCGAUGCGGACAGUUCAGAUACAGAGAAGCUGGAGUAUUCCAUAUUAACAGGCAAUGAUCAUAUGAAUUUUGCAAUCAACAGCCAAACGGGGGUCAUCACCCUUUCAAACUUGCACAAACAGUCUCUGAAGCCCGUUUACCGUCUUAAUGUCUCUGUUUCUGAUGGGGUCUUCAGAAGUUCCGCUCAGGUUCUCAUAAAUGUUAUUGCAGCCAAUUUGCACAGCCCCGUUUUUGGUCAGAAUGAAUAUGAAGUGGAACUAGCCGAGAAUGCUCCAUUGCACACCCUGGUGACAGAAGUUAAAGCAACCGACAAAGAUACUGGCAGCUAUGGAUACAUCACAUACCAUAUUGUGAACGAUUUUGCAAAAGAUAGGUUUUAUACUAAUGAAAGGGGGCAGAUAUUUACUCUGGAAAAGCUUGAUCGCGAAACUCAAGCUGAAAAAGUAAUCUUCAUUAGGUUAAUGGCCAAGGAUUCUGGCGGGAAAGUGGCUUUUUGCAGCAUCAACGUAAUACUUACUGACGUUAAUGAUAAUGCCCCUUUGUUCCGAGCAAUGGAAUAUGAAGUAAACAUUGGGUCUAAUGUUCCAAAAGGCACAUCUGUCAUCAAGGUUUUAGCUUCGGAUGCCGAUGAAGGCACCAAUGCAGACAUCACCUAUACAAUCGAAGCCGAUUCUGAAAACGUUCAAGAGAAUUUAGAAAUCGAUCACUUGACAGGCGUCAUAACCACGAAAGAAAGUUUAAUUGGUUUAGAAAAUGAGUUUCUCACUUUCUUUGUCAGAGCGCAGGAUGGUGGAUCUCCCAAAAAGGAUUCCAGGGUUCCUCUCUAUGUUAGAAUACUCCCCCCUGAAGUAUCUCUGCCAAAAUUUUCAGAACCGUUUUAUUCUUACACACUUUCUGAAGAUACUCCGAUUGGAACGGAGAUUGACAUUGUGCGAGCAGAGCACACACAGCCGUUGCUGUACACCCUUGUUAAGGGGAGUGCCCCAGAAAGCAACAGAGAUGAUUUUUUUGUGAUAGACAAGCAGAAUGGAAGGCUGAAACUUGAAAAGAGCCUUGAUCACGAGACAACUAAGUGGUACCAGUUCUCAGUGCUAGCAUACUAUUUAAAUGAAGAAUACAGAGUUGUUUCCUCUGUUGACAUAAGCAUUCAAAUAAAAGACACAAAUGACCACAAACCAAUCUUAGAAUCCAAUCCAUAUGAAGCGUACAUUGUGGAAAACAUGCCAGUAGGAACAAAAGUCAUACAAGUGAAAGCACUUGACCAGGAUUCGGGGAUGAAUGGGCAGGUAACGUACAGGCUAGAGACACCACAACAAGAUACUGACAUUGCAGAGUCUUUUGCCAUAAACAUGGAAACAGGCUGGAUUACGACACUGAGAGAGCUUGACCACGAAAAGCAGGACAAGUACAGAAUUACUGUGGUGGCAUCUGAUCGUGCUGAGAAAAUGCAGUUGUCAUCCACUGCGAUUGUUGAAGUUUCCGUGACUGACGUGAAUGACAACCCUCCUCGCUUCACUGCAGAGAUCUAUAAAGGGACAGUCAGUGAAGAUGACCCAACAGGAGGAGUCGUUGCUAUUUUAAGCACCACGGACGCUGAUUCAGAAGAUGCUAACAGACAGGUCAACUAUUUCAUUACAGGAGGCGAUCCAUUGGGGCAGUUUGCUGUAGAAAAUAUCGAGAACGAUUGGAAAGUAUAUGUCCGAAAACCUCUGGACAGAGAAGUAAAGGAUAAUUAUCUUCUGAAUAUCACCGCUACUGAUGGGAUGUUCACAACAAAAGCUGUGGUGGAAGUGAAGGUCCUUGAUUCGAAUGACAACAGCCCUGUUUGUGAAAAGGCAUUGUACACGGAGUCUGUCCCAGAAGAUUCCCUGCCUGGCAAACUCAUCAUGCAGGUCUCAGCCACAGAUGCAGAUAUUCGCUCCAACGCAGAAAUAACUUACACAUUACACGGUCCUGGAGCAGAAGAUUUCAUGCUUAGUCCAGAAACAGGUGAGCUGAAAACACUAGGGGCACUUGACCGUGAGCAGAAAGCAGUAUAUACUCUUAUGGUCAAGGCAUCAGAUGGAGGAGGAAGGUUUUGCCAGGCUAAAAUUAUUCUGAUAAUAGAAGAUAUGAAUGAUAACACCCCAGAGUUCACAGCAGACCCAUACUCCAUCACAGUAUUUGAGAACACGGAGGUGAAAACUCUGUUGACAAGAGUGCAAGCCACAGAUGCUGAUGCAGGAUUAAAUCGAAAGAUUCACUACUCCCUGAUAAAUUCCGCAGAUGGGCAGUUUUCUAUUGAUGAAUUCUCUGGAAUUGUUCGGUUGGAAAGGCCUUUGGAUCGGGAGCUACAUGCUGUGUAUUCUCUGACUUUGAAAGCUGAGGAUGAAGGUUCCCCAAGAAGGCUGUCGUCUGUUGGCACCCUUGUUAUUUCUGUUCUGGAUAUAAAUGAUAACCCACCUGUCUUCGAGUACAAAGAGUACAGUGCAACUGUAUCAGAAGACACAGUGGUUGGAAUGGAGGUUCUUCAGGUCUAUGCUGCUAGCCGGGACAUCGAAGCUAAUGCCGAAAUCACCUAUUCUAUCAUCAGUGGAAAUGAACAUGGGAAAUUCAGUAUUGAUUCAAAAACAGGUGCUAUUUUUAUUAUUGGAACCCUUGAUUAUGAGAGCUCCCCGGAGUAUUAUCUGACAGUGGAAGCCACAGAUGGAGGGACACCUUCCUUGAGUGACGUUGUGACAGUAAAUAUAAAUGUAACAGAUAUCAAUGACAACACUCCUGUAUUCAGUCAAGACACUUACACAGCAGUAAUCAGUGAAGAUGCUGAAGUUGAACAAUCGGUUAUUACAGUUAUGGCAGCAGAUCCUGAUGGGCCUUCAAACAACCACAUUCGCUACACAAUUAUCGAUGGCAACCAAGGGAGCCCUUUCACAAUUGACCCGACCUUGGGUGAAGUUAAGGUGGCAAAACCUCUCGACAGAGAGAAGGUUUCUGGUUACACUCUGACAGUUCAAGCAUCUGACAAUGGAAACCCGCCUAGAGUCAACACAACUACAGUUAAUAUUGAUGUAUCUGAUGUGAAUGACAACCCACCAGUGUUUUCCAAGGAGAACUACAGCAUUAUUAUCCAGGAAAAUAAGCCAGUUGGGUUUAAUGUCCAGCAGCUGAUGGUAACAGACAAGGAUUCUUCCCACAAUGGGCCACCUUUCCUUUUCACCUUUGUGAGUGGGAAUGAAGACAGCGCUUUUGAGAUUACUCAACAAGGAGUACUUACAACCGCUAUUCAACUAAAACGCAAAGUGAAGGAUCAUUAUUUUCUUCACGUUAAGGUGGCUGAUAAUGGAAGACCUCAGUUGUCAUCCUUGACUUACGUGGACAUUAGGGUCAUUGAGGAAAGCAUCCAUCCUCCAGCAAUUCUGCCCUUGGAAAUCUUCAUCACCACCUUUGGGGAGGAAUAUUCUGGCGGUGUCAUUGGAAAAGUACAUGCAACUGAUCAAGAUGUUUAUGACACUUUAACGUACCAUCUGGAUCCCAAGAUGGACUCAGUGUUCUCUGUCUCUAGCACAGGUGGUAAGGUGAUAGCUCACAAAAGGCUAGAUGUAGGACAAUACCUGCUGAAUGUUACCGUUACAGAUGGAAAGUUUACUACCGCAGCUGUCGUUUCAGUCCAUAUCAGACAAAUCACGCAGGAACUGUUGAACCACAGUAUAGCUUUCCGUUUUGCCAACCUUGCCCCAGAGGAGUUCAUCGGUGACUAUUGGCGCAAUUUUCAGAGGGCUCUGAGGACCACCUUGGGAGUCAGAAGAAACGACAUACAGAUUAUUAGCUUGCAACCGUCUGAUCCUCCAUUGAACCUUGACGUGCUGCUGCUUGUAGAAAAGUCUGCUGGUUCUCAGCAUUCAACCAGAGCCCUACUCCAUAAGAUCAACUCCUCUGUGGCUGACCUUGAAGAGACCUUGGGCGUCCGGAUACUCAGCGUUUUCCUCAAGCUGUGUUCAGGCCUGGAUUGCCCUUGGAAAUUUUGUGAAGAAAGAGUGACCCUAGAUGAGAACAUCAUGUCAACUCACAGCACUGCCAGGCUGAGUUUUGUCACACCGCAUCACCGGAGAACUGCAGUCUGUCUUUGUACAGAAGGAAGCUGUCCCCUUGUGAGCAGUGCCUGUGAGGGGAAUCCAUGCCCUGAAGGUACAGAAUGUAUAGCAGAUCCCAGAGAAGGAAAGUUUACUUGCGUUUGCCACGGAAGCAACAGUGCCCAGUGCCCUGUAUCGGUUGGACCUUCAGUGACUUUUACUGGAAGCAGCUACAUGAAGUAUCGCCUCAUGGAAAACGAGAACAAGGAAGAAAUGAAGCUCACGAUGAGACUCAGGACGUACUCGACUCAAGCGGUUGUUAUGUAUGCCCGAGGAACGGACUAUAGCAUUUUAGAGAUCCACCAUGGGAGGCUGCAGUACAAAUUUGACUGCGGAAGUGGCCCUGGGAUUGUGUCUGUGCAGAGCACACAGAUCAACGAUGGCCAGUGGCAUUCGGUGUCCCUUGAAGUUGAUGGGAACUAUGCCAAGCUGAUUCUGGACAGGGUACACACCGCAUCUGGCAUUGCUCCUGGCACUUUAAGGACACUGAACCUGGACAACCAUGUGUUUUUUGGUGGUCACAUUCGGCAGCAAGGCACAAGGCAUGGAAGGAGUCCGCAGGUUAGCAAUGGCUUCAGAGGCUGUAUGGAUUCCAUUGUACUAAAUGGACAAGAAUUGCCCCUGAACAGCAAACCACGGAGUUACGCACACAUGGAAGAAUCUGUGGGUGUAUCCCCUGGGUGUUUACUGACUAUGACAGAGGAUUGUUCUAGUAGUCCUUGCCAGAAUGGGGGCAUUUGUAACCCACUACCCAGUGGAGGUUACUUUUGUAAAUGUCCACCUUUAUUCAUGGGCACUCACUGUGAUUUAAGUGUCAACCCAUGUGCUUCCAACCCGUGCCUUUAUGGCGGCACUUGCAUUUCCGUCAGUGAUGAUUUCAUCUGCCAGUGCAGAGGACUGUACACCGGUCAGAGGUGUCAGAUUGGUCCAUAUUGCAAAGACAACCCCUGCAAAAAUAGUGGGAAGUGUAUUGAUAGUUUAGAUGGACCUGUUUGUGAAUGUGAAGCAGGUUUUCAUGGAGACAGGUGUUUAACCGAUGUUGAUGAAUGCUUGGAAAGCCCGUGUCAGAACGGCGCUCUCUGUGAGAACACAUACGGUGCCUAUCACUGCAAUUGUAGCCAUGGAUUUGGAGGAAGACAUUGUGCCGACGUCCUGAACAAAUACGUUUCAACCCCCUGGAAUAUUAGCUUAGCAGAAGUCAUUGGAAUUAUCAUUUUCAUAGCAGGGGUCUUCAUACUGGUUGGGAUAUUUGUCUUCUGCCGCCAAGUCAUCCGGAAGAGGAAGAAGAAAAGCCAGCCAGAACCUGAAGACAAACAUCUGGGAACAACAACAGCAUUCUUGCAAAGGCCGUACUUUGAUUCCAAACUGAAUAAGAACAUUUAUUCUGACAUUCCACCCCAGGUGCCUGUUCGUCCCAUUUCGUAUACUCCGAGCAUUCCAAGUGACUCGAGGAACAAUCUGGACAGGAACUCUUUUGAAGGUUCCACAAUCCCAGAGCACCCAGAGUUUACUACUUUUAACCCAGAUUCCGUUCAUGGCCACAGGAAAGCCGUGGCUGUCUGCAGCGUGGCUCCGAAUUUGCCUCCCCCACCUCCAUCCAAUUCACCAUCAGACAGCGACUCAAUACAGAAGCCCAGCUGGGACUUCGAUUAUGACACUAAAGUCGUAGAUCUUGACUCUUGCCUUUCAAAGAAGCCCCUGGAAGAAAAGGUUUCUCAGCCUUACAGCGCUAGAGAGAGCGUGUCGGAGGUCCAGUCCCUUAGCUCGUUCCAGUCAGAAUCAUGUGAUGAUAAUGCUUCCCUAGUGACUGUAAUACACCUUGUCAAUGCUGUUGUUGACUCGGUGGGAAAAGAAGAGUCUUUCGCUGUUCCCGACCUGAGCAAUUCAAGAGGCUAUCACUGGGAUACCUCUGACUGGAUGCCCAAUGUCCAGCUGCCUGGCAUACAGGAGUAUCCGAAUUACGAGGUGGUUGAAGAGGCGGCACCCCUGUAUACAGAUCCAAAUUCCAUUGAUGCAGACUACUACCCUGGAGGUUACGACAUUGAGAGUGACUUUCCACCUCCGCCGGACGACUUCCCAGUGCCUGAUGACCUCCCACCGUUGCCACCUGAGUACAGUGAUCAGUUUGACUCAAUACAGCAAUCCAGGGACAUGCCUGCUGUAGGCAGCUUGGGGUCACCUGCGAGGAGCAGGCAGAGGUUUAAUCUCAGCCAGUACCUUCCCCAUCACUAUCCGUCAGACCUGUCGGAACCUCAGAACUCAAACAACGGAGUCUCUGGGAAUUACAGAGAACCCUUUGCUCCUUACACAGUAGGGUACAGCAGAGACUUUGAAGCACCCCCCGUAGACAACAUGUCCAUGUCUGUGUAUGCUUCCACAGCUUCCUGCUCCGACGUGUCGGCGUGCUGUGAAAUGGAGUCUGAGGUCAUGCUGAGUGACUAUGAGAGUGGAGACGACGGACAUUUCGAAGAGGUGGUCAUCCCUCCGCUCGAGCCUCAGCACCACACAGAAGUCUGACACCCUUCCUCAAUUAAAAGUGCCUGGAUGUUAAUGAACUUUAAAAAAAUAAAAAAUAAAAUAAGUAUUCUAGAGAAAAAUAUCGGAGAGCUUAUUUUUCUUGGCAGCAAUGCUUGAGCCGCUUUCGUUUCAGUGAGCUAAAACUGGCAUGGCUGCACUGGAUCAUGUAGCUCAUUUCAACUUGUUCACCAUUUCCUGACCUCGUUCCCACCGCUUGACUGAUCACAGGUCUCCCAUUGGCUGUGCCAUUCCCCCCCCAAAAAAAGUGUUUUUUUGUACUUACAUUGUCUAUGUUAAAAAAAUAAAUAAAGCAAAAACACAUACCACUUCCUCAUUUUAGCAUGAUAAAUGUAUUUAUAUCGUUCAAGAGCAAAUCAUUUUUUUCUUAUCUCUUUUUGUAAAUUUUAUGUACAGUUUUGAUUUCGAUAAUUUUAACUAGAUUUUGUAGAUACUUUCGAAAGUUGAUUUCCACUGAUUCUGGUGUUUUUAGUGUGCCGUUAAACCAACACGCCCUGGGUUUUAUGACAUUCAGCAGUUCACUGUUUGUUUGUUUGUUUUCCACAGAAGUGUGACAUUUCAUUUAUAGAUUUCUUAUGUAAUCAUGCAUUUCCAAGUGUACAUAAUUUCCAGCUGUAAAAGAUUCCUGAUACUUUCUGGGUGACGAACAUGGAAAUAUCCCACCUGGGUUUCUGUACUCUAGGACGGUUGCACAUUUUUCCUUUCCUGAAAAGUGUGGGAGGGGGGAACCACUGCAUACCUGUUUAGAACCAAAACCACCAUGGCACAGUUUUAUAGUGUCUGUAUAUUUGUGAUGCAAUGGUCUUGUAAAGGUUUUUACUGAAAUCUACCAUUAGCCAGUCUUUCUUACUGACAAUAAAUUAUUAAUAAAAUACUUUAGCUUUGUU